AUGGCUUUCUUGGUUAACUCGGAACUUCCGGCGGUGCCGCUUGCAUUUCGUUUAUCCUGGUGUCCUCGUCUUCCUCCUCACUUUUCUUCGCGUAGCAUCAUGGUACCAUAUACGGUGGCAACUCUCUCUGAGGUGCUUUGCCUUGGUAGCUAUGCAACAGACAAGCGCUUCUGGCGGCGUGAGGCUCUCAGGAACAAUGGCCCAGUCGAUGAAGGUCAAGCAUUAAUGGGCUACCAUCCAAAGGGCCCUGUCUGUAAGUUGAAUGCACUUCUGUCGCCAUCCAAAGAACCCUUCACUUUUUAUCUUCUGCCAGUAGACGAUACGGAGAAGCCACGUGCAUUUUAUGUGAAACGACCGAUCUAUCAGGAGGUUGAUUACGGUGUAUCCGGACUAUGCUUCAGAAACCCUUUUUUAUCGAGUAAUUACAUGAAGAUGUUGCUUCUCGUCCUUCAUCUACUUACAUACAUAGAUAUCACUAGCGAAAGCGAUACAACUAGUGCUCAAGUAGUUAGCUCGAAGUACUCUUCGCGCGGCACCACUGCGGGCGAAAAGCGGUAGGACUUACUCAAUGCGCUUCGCCGACACUGCACCGAGCUCGUAUUGUUCAGUCGUAGCUCUUUCCGAUUUGAGGUUCUGCUGGUCGUGGCUUGAUGUCGGUAUUUUCCGCGUUUCGAAACCUCGGACAACAACACAGUCGUGACGAAAAUGACAAUCCAAUUUCUGUGCUACAUCAUACAUACAAAU